GUAUAUGAAAAAAAUAUACCGCGUGCAUACGCUGCCUAAGCGUCUUGUCUAUGCAACCAUCUCGCCGCAGUUUUUGAUGAGUCUCUCUUCGACUUGAUGUUUUCCUAGGGUGCAGACUGCCUGGCCUUCGAUGAGCGUACUUUUCGAGACCUGCAUGGGCGAUAUCGUCAUCGACCUGUACAUCGAUGACUGCCCGAACACGUGCAAGAACUUUUUAAAGUUAAGCAAGGUCAAGUACUAUGACCACUGCAUAUUCCACAACAUCCAAAAAAACUACAUUAUACAAACUGGCGACCCGACUGGGACAGGUAAGGGCGGAUCUAGCAUUUAUGGCUUGCUGUACGGGGACCAGGCUCGCUUUUUCGAGGACGAAAUUCGUCCUCACUUGAAGCAUUCGUUCAAGGGCGUGGUUGCGAUGGCCAAUGCCGGGAAGGAUAUGAACGCCUCCCAAUUCUAUAUCACAACGAUUGACAACAUCAAGGUGUUGGAUGGAAAGCACACUAUUUUUGGAUACGUGGCGGAGGGUUUGGAGGUGUUGGACAGAAUUAAUGACGCGGUAGUCGACGAGACAGGUCGGCCAUACCAGCUGCUGUGCAUUCAGCAUUCUAGCGUUUUGGACGAUCCUUUCGAGGAUCCGAAAGGAUUGCGUGUUCCUUCAAGGUCUCCGUCUCCUCCGAAUUGGCCGGAGGACAUGUUGGACGAGGAGCUGCAGGUGAACGAAGAGACGGAGGUACAGAAGAGAGAACGUCUGGCGGAGCAGGAUGCGCGCGCAAACUCGGAGAUUUUGGCCUUGAUUGGAGACAUUCCCGAUGCGGACAUCAGGCCUCCGGAGAACGUUUUAUUUGUGUGUAGGUUGAACCCGCUUACGACGGCCAAGUCGCUUCGCGUCCUGUUUUCUCGUUUCGGAGAAAUUUUGAGCGCGGAGGUGAUUUUGGAUCGCCACGGAGACAGUUUGUGCUACGGAUUCGUGGAGUUUGCGGAGAAAGAGGCGUGCGAAGAGGCCUAUUUGAAGAUGCAGAACGUCUUAUUCGACGAGAGACACAUUCACGUGGACUUUUCCCAAUCCGUCAGCAAGGCCAGUUUGCGCGCAGCCGGCGGGUGGAGGAACUAUUUCAAGAAAAGGGCAAGGCGACAAAACCAGGAGGAUCGCAACGACGGGAUUGAGCUGAAGUACCACUACCGCAACGACCAGCAGAUUGGGGGAGAUAGUUCGAGUAAGUACACGUUUGUACCAGAAUACGAGGAUGCCAUACGCUGGCAGGACCGCGUACACGGGGACCGUGAGUGGGACAACAGGCGACCAAAAGAGUACCGAGGAGGGGAUAAGAGGAAUUCAAGGUGGGCGCAGGACAUGGAAAAGGGUCACGGGCACGGUAGGGAAGAUGGCCAUCGGUAUGCGGACGACGAGAGAAGGGAUGUGCAUCGACACGGCGGCCACGCAGAAGAUAGCCGCCGGUACAACAGCAAAGAUGACAGAAAAGAAACUCGCAGAUACGUCGACGGCAGGAAAGAGGACCAUCGGUACGACUACGUUUCGAAGCGCAGGCGACCUUCUUCUAGAGAUGAGCCUUGAGUUUAUGUAUUGUAUGGCGGUUGCGUGGGAUCGAGAGAGGUUGAUUUGCACUCUUGAGGUUAUUUUUUUUUUGCAGCUUAAUUGUACUUGAAAAUUUUGAUGCUGAGCCAAUUCAAAUACA